CCAGUGCAUAAUUCACAUCAGGGGACUUUGGCUCACCGUCUGCUCAGUGAUAACAAAGGGAGAGGCAGGGGGGAGCAGGCAGUAGAGCCUGCUGUACCGACUCCUCUUGCGCACAUAAGGCUGUUCUGAUAUGAUGAGAAGGAUGUGUCUGUCAUGGGGAUUAGUGGCGGUUUGCAUCUCUUCCACGCUGUGUGGCAUGGGGCUCGGGUAUGGAGAGGACAUUGAUGUGAACUAUGCAGACUCAUAUUACAAUGAAAUUUCAGAGGAUGACCCCUCAGAAGCGGUGACCCCCACAGCAGCUCCCUGUGCUGCCAGGGACCUGAGCAGGUGGGACAAGCUCUUCAUCAUGCUGGAGGACUCCCACAUGAGGCAGAACAUGCUCAUGCAGCAUGUGGAUGACAUGGUCAGAGUGGAGCUUCAGUACCUGAGGGACGAGAUGAGGCGCCUGUCCACUGACAACAGAAGAGCCUGCGCCACAGCGCUGGAGGGCACGUGCGCGGGGCUGGGCGAGCAGAUGAGCCGAGGCUUCCAGCACACCCAGCGUCAGCUCAGGGAGGCUGAGGAGAAGUGCCAGACACAGCACAACGCAACACGCCACCUGCUACAGGACACCCAAAAGGCCCAGGCUGCCCGCCUGGCCAAGCUGGAGAGUGGGUAUGGGCACGGGGCUUCUCUGGGGCAGGCGCCCAUGAAGACCCGGCCAACACAUCCCAAAGAGCAGGAUGCAACCUCUGCAGGUGGAACCAAGAUGGAGAGGACUCUUCUGGCAGUAGCGUCAGACCUCCAGAGAGUCCAGGCACAGUUAGCUGUCUUCCAAAGGUCAUCUGCCUCUCGUUACAUACCAUCAGGCUGUGAGAUGGCCCUGUUCUUUCCCAUGCGCUCUCGACAUGCCUUUGCCACUGUGAAGCCCGACAGGCCGAUGUCCUUGAGGUCCUUCACCGUGUGUCUCUGGGCUAAAGUGACAGAGUCCCUCAACAAGACAGUGCUAUUCUCCUAUGGCACCCAACAGAACCCUCAAGAGCUCCAGCUUCUCCUGACGUGGCGAUCAGUGCACUUCACCGUCGGUGGGGAGUCUCGGCUGGUGGGGGCACAGAGUGUGGCAGACGCAGGGCAGUGGAGGCACUAUUGCGGCACAUGGAGCUCCAACCAGGGUCUGGCUUCCCUGUGGGUCGAUGGGCAGCAGGUUGCCCAUUCCCCUGGGGUGGCCGAGGGGCACGUCCUGGCAGCAGAUGGCACAGUGCUGUUGGGGCAGGAGCGGGGAGGUCCUGGGCUGGAGCGAGAUGUUGACCCAAUGCUAGCCUUCACAGGCAAGAUGUCGGGGGUGAAUGUGUGGGACCAUGUCCUGGCUGCGGAGAGGAUCUCACAGAGUGCAAGGCCAGAGGGGUCAUGUGAUGAUCGUGGAAAUGUGAUUGGCUGGGGUGUUUCAGAGGUGACACCAUACAGCAGUGUUCAAUACAUCAACUGACUGACUUUCCACAGGGAUGAAAACUUUGGAAGAGAGAUUUCCUACAAGGGGCUUUAAUGAUACACUAGAAAAGAGAAAGAAAAGGUUAAGAUUGAAAUGGACAGAAUUCUUGAUAAUUCAAGUUAAAUGUGUGUACACAUCUGAAAGGGAGAGAAUACUUUUUAGUAUUUCUUUACCCUUUUAAAAUUCCUUUA